CCGUGAUACACACGGCGAUGCCGAGUGAAAAACGGUAGAGAAAAAAAACCCAGAAUGAACCGUCGGUGACUCUCGUGUUUACAAAACCAAAAACAUAAUCAUGAUGCUUUCAGGCUUCAAAAUGUGGAAGUAACAUGAGGACAUUUUUUUUUUCAUCCAUCUGAACUGGACCGCGUUUGGAACAGAAUGCGUGAAGAGGACGAUCAAGCCGGGAGGAGACACGGAUGGGGAAUGAUGAUGAUGAGAUGUUGAUGAUGAUGAUCAUGAAGGUGGUCACCACCACCACCAGCAGCAGCAGCAGCACCUUCACCACACUGGCGUUCUUCUGAAUCCUGACAAUGCGUGGUGAAGGAGGGACGUGGAAGAAUCAGCUGUGACAUUGAUCUGCUUUAUCUGGAUACUACACACACACACACACACACACACACACACAAGAGGAAGCUAUCCCUGCCUGCUUGUCUGCAGCCCUAAAAUGAAUAAAGCUUUUGCCUCCAUCCGGUCUGUCCUUUGGUGCCACUGGGCCAUGGUUCGUAAGAAAGGCUCCCUUAUCUUAUGCGGCGCGGUUCUGUUCGUCGCCUGGAAUGCCUUGUUGCUUCUGUUCCUCUGGGGAAGGCCACCCAUCGGUCGGCUCGGAGACGGAGGUGGGGCUGAACCGGGCGCCGGCGAAGAAUGGCAAGCGGGGAAAGGGAAGCGAGGCGGAGCCAACAGCCUGGCGGGGGAAGUGAUCCGAUUGGCAGAAGAGGUGGAAUCGGAAUUGGAGACUCAAAAGAAACUCCUGAAACAGAUACAGAGCCACAGGUCAUUGUGGGAACAAAGUAAAGACUUUAGGAAAAAAGAGGCUGAGGACAUAAAGGAGAAAAAAGACGAAUCUAAGGAACCGCAGCCAUUGCCCCAGUUACCCACGGUGGCAGGAAAUGAAAUGAUUGAACAAAAUAAGCAGGUUCCUGUUAUCACAAACACUCCACCAGACACAAAGCAGGACAAGGAGUCAGACAGUGAUAAACCGAUGGACAAAAAUAACGUAGACCUCACAAAUCCUAGUCCUCAAACUGUCAUUCCGAUCUUGGUCAUUGCUUGUGACAGGGUGACGGUGAAAAGAAGUUUGGACAAGCUGAUACAGUACCGGCCUUCAGUCGAGCUCUAUCCAAUCAUCGUGAGCCAGGACUGCGGUCACGCCGACACAGCCCGGGUUAUCGGCUCAUACGGCAGUCAGGUGACCCACAUCAGCCAACCAGAUCUCUCGAACAUUCCCGUGCGGCCCGAUCACAGAAAGUUCCAGGGUUACUAUAAGAUCGCCAGACAUUACCGCUGGGCCCUGAAUCAAGUGUUUCACACGUUCGGUUACUCAACCGUGGUCAUCGUCGAGGACGACUUGGAGGUGGCGGCAGACUUUUUCGAGUAUUUCCGUGCCCUUUAUCCGAUCCUGCUCUCCGACCCGACGCUGUGGUGCAUCUCGGCCUGGAACGAUAACGGCCGCGACGGCUUGGUGGACCCUGGCAAGCCUGACCUCUUAUACCGGACAGAUUUCUUUCCAGGACUGGGAUGGAUGCUGAUGAAGGAGGUGUGGGCGGAGCUGGAACCCAAGUGGCCCAAAGCAUUCUGGGACGACUGGAUGCGUCACCCAGAGCAAAGGAAAGAGCGUUCCUGCAUCCGGCCCGAGAUCUCCAGGACUAUGACGUUUGGCCGCAAAGGAGUCAGUUUGGGUCAGUUUUUCGACCAGUACCUGCGCUACAUCAAACUCAACACUGAAUUUGUGCCUUUCACUAAACGGGAUUUGUCUUAUUUGGUCAGAGAACACUACGAUAAAGACUUCGAUAAAGAAGUGUACAGUGCUCCUUUGGUGAAAGUGGAAGAACUGCAGCCAGGUGGCAGUUUGCAGGGUUUAGGACCGUUCAGGGUGCAAUAUUCUAGCAGAGACAGUUUCAAAGUGUUAGCCCGGAACCUGGGCGUGAUGGACGACUUAAAAUCUGGCGUCCCGCGGGCUGGUUACAGGGGCGUGGUCAGCUUUGUCUCCCGUGGACGAAGGAUUUAUCUGGCGCCCCCAGAAGGCUGGACAAAAUAUGAUACGAGUUGGAGCUGAAGGGUUUAAUAUUGAACAUAGACACACAAUUGGAACCAUGCAAAAGGAGAGCCAUGCAAGAGGAGACGAGUUCCUCUUAAACCAAAGAAAACAGGCAUGGUCAAGACGGGACUGCACGAUCAAAAUGCGAGAGACAUUUGAUAAAAAAGAAAAGGCACCGUUGCUCAGUUCUGAUGAUUCGACCUGGAAGUCACACUAGCAAGCGACAAAAAAAAUCUCUCACGCCACCGCUUCUAUUCUCACCCAUGAUUUUUGCACUGACUGAUUUGCUGAACUACUGUCAUAAAACGUAAACGUCUUUUCGUUUUCUUUCCUACAUUUCCACAACAAAUUCUAUCGAAAGGGAAUUAAAUAAGGGUCCAAACCGACGGCUAACGUGAGAUACCAUUUCGAGUUUCCAGAAGCGACUCAUUUGCGUUUGUUGCAUCGGCACACCACGAAUUUGCAUAGAAUUGGGAAUGUCAAACUCAAACAUGGCUCCGUGUCACUCGACUUGCAAAGAAAAUUGGAAUUUGCCUGUGACUUUGUCGCUUGCUGGUGUAGUCCAUAUGUUUAGGGUUAAACACCCUGAUUGUACUGGGAACACAAAAAAAAUGCACAUACACAGAAAAGUGAAAAGUGUUUUAUUUUCCAUGCCAGUGAAGGUUUGUUAUGAUCACUAUAAAAUUCUAUAUAAAUGUUUUCUGAGUGCCCAUCCUUCCAUUUUACUCAGCAAUUCAUGAUCUUGUUCUAAUGAAGUUUCUGACUGAUAAAAUCGAGUUAUAAUCGUUUAACUUGACUGAUGUGUUCAAACAAAAUCGGGUCGUUUCUUUUUCCAGUACCUUUUAAAGGAGCAGUACUUUGGGAGACCCUACUUGAAGCACCAAAACAUUGAAGUACUCGAAUGCAACUUUUCGUUCUCGCUCAUUUGAGAACUUUCACUAGUCAAAGAUGUCCAAAGUUUUUGGGUUUGUUGCCAAAAAAAACUGAACUUUCUGUAAAUCCUGUGGCGAACGUGAAUCCGAGUAAACCGGACGAGAGGAGGAAUCGCAUCCGAUUUCAAAUGCGCUGUAUUUGUGGGAAAGUUUGAUAUGUUCCAAUGUCUGUAUGACAAAGUAUAAAACCACUGCCUGAUGUGUUGUUUAUAGAUUUAAUACAUUGAUAAUAAAUGACUAUUUUGAUA